GUUUCGGUCAAAGUAGCCAGCUCCUUUUCACUGCGCACACGAAGGGGAGAAAGCGACACGUACAGCUGGUGCUUCUGCAACAAGCUGAAGCCAGAUCUGAGCUGGCUCGCUUUGGCACAGUAUGCGGACCCCGACGGCCAUGAUUGUGGGCAUCGUACUAGGUCCCUGUGGCCUUGUCCUGAACCUGACCAGCACACUGGCUCCCAACUGGAGGGAUGUGACGCGGAUCCCUGAGAGGCCUUCUGACAUCAUCCAGCACCAGGGCCUCUGGGAUAUCUGCGAGGAAUCUCAAAGCAGUCACGAGACCCGGUGCAAUAUCCAAGACAGCCUUGGAUACUAUUCCCAGCAACCCGUGCAAGUGUCCAAAGGGCUCAUGCCUUCGUCUCUGGCAGUCCUUGUCCUUGGGCUGGUUGUGGCUUCGCUGGGCGUGCGCUGCUGGACGGAAACACCCCACAACCUGCUGGCUGGGCUGGGCGGCCUGUUGCUUUUCAUUUCUGGGCUGCUGAGCCUCACUGCAGUCUCCUGGUACAAUAAUGAACUUUCCAACCUUCCCGCCACUACUGGCAGCACCCUGCAGGUAGGCUACUGCCUGGUCCUUGGUUACCUAGGUAGCUGCCUGGAAAUCAUCGGGGGCAUCUCCCUUACGUUCAGCUUUUACCAGUACUACAAGGAACGUAAGCUAAAGAAAGCUGCUGCAAAUUACAAUUAUCCACCUGCCAACAAGCAGGACCCAGCCAUUGCUUACUCUGUCUACAGCAAAGAUUUUGAAAUAAAUUACAGGACUUCAAUGCCAACGUCGUACACCAAUGAUCUUGAUGUAUUGGAGGAUGAACGUAUGAGUAAGUACAGCUACAAGAGCAGGCUGCCAUGUGACUCAGAUUUAUAGCCCUGCUCAGGAAGACCUUUGCAACAGGGGAUAAAGUACAAGUGGGACUAAGGAGGAAAGCUUAUUACAGAAGCAUGUUAGGAUAACAAGUGGUGUCCAACCUGGGGCGUGUCCAUCAGCAAAUUCUGAACCUCUUCCUACCUUUCUGCAACAGGGUGCAGCACUUGUGUCUCUUUCAUCACUGGAGAAUCUUAGAGCUGUAUAUAUUUUGUACAAUUUCUUCAUUCAAUGUUUUGUUAAGUGUUACCUGGACAUUAAAUUACAACUGUGGAAAUAAUGGCUUGGGGGCUGCAAGAAAUUUCUGCAAAUGGAAAAGAUGCGUGAAUGAUUUUCACUGACACCCCAAAUGCUAUCCUGGGGGCACGGGGGGUUCCUGUCUUCCGGAUUGUUUUACAUUGUGGUGAGAGGGGAGAGGUAAAGAAGUGCCGCUCUGCUGAUGGAGAUCCACCAGGUUCCAAGCCUAUCAAUAUCUCCAUCCACAUAAUUAGGGGGAGAAAUCAUCUUCAGCAAGAACACAGCCAUCAAUUUUUAUAAGCAUGAGAACUCAAUACAUUUAAUUUAUGAAAGAAUGUGAAUAAAAUAAAAAAAA